AUGAUCGCCGCCACUACCCCUCUCUCCAUCAAGACUCCCAAGCCCGUCUCCCCCGAGACUUCACCCUCGACCCCCCUCAGCUACCACCUCAUCAAGGAACGCUACCAGGCUGCCGGUCAGGGCCAUCUCCUCACCUACUACGAUGACCUCUCCGAGGCUGACCAGGCGACCCUUCUCCACCAGCUCCACCACCUCAACGUCGAGAGAGUGAACCGUAUCCACCAAAAGGCCACGACCUGCCCCUCGCCCAUGCUGACCAACCAGUCUGCUCUCCUCGCUCCGUUGCCCGAGGAGUGCUUCGAUUCGAUCCUCGAAGCUUCGCCCGAUAAGAUCAAUGAGUGGCAGACCAUCGGCUUGAAGCAGAUUGCCCAAAACAAGGUCGGCGUCAUCCUACUCGCUGGAGGACAGGGUACCCGUCUCGGAUCCACCGCCCCCAAGGGCUGCUACGACAUCCAGUUGCCCUCGACAAAGUCUCUUUUCCAGCUCCAGGCCGAGCGUAUCUUCAAGCUCCAGGCUUUGGCCCGCGAGCAGGAGGGUGUCACUGAGGAGGUUAUCAUUCCUUGGUAUGUCAUGACCUCGGGCCCCACCCGCCCCGCCACCGUCAAGUACUUCGAGGAGCACAGCUACUUUGGAUUGAGCCAGGACAACGUCGUCUUCUUCGAGCAAGGAACUCUCCCUUGCCUCACCUUCGAUGGCCGCAUCAUGAUGGAGUCCAAGUCCCAUAUUGCCGUCGCUCCCGAUGGCAACGGAGGUGUCUAUGCUGCCCUUCGCGGCACUGGAGUUCUCGCCAACAUGGCCGAGCGCAAGAUUGAGUACCUCCACGCCUACUGUGUCGACAACGGUCUCGUCCGCGUUGCCGACCCUGUCUUUAUCGGAUACUGUGUCUCCAAGAACGCCGACUGUGGUGCCAAGGUCGUCCGCAAGAAGUCCCCCGAUGAGCCCGUUGGCGUUGUCUGCCUCCGCAAUGCCGCCUUCAACGUUGUCGAGUACUCUGAGAUUGAUGAAGAGGUCGCCAACAGGAUCAACCCCAGGAACGGCCAGUUGGCCUUUGGCGCCGGAAACAUCGCCAACCACUUUUACACUGUCGACUUCUUGAACAAGGUCGAGUCGUUCGAGGGAGACCUCGAGUACCACAUUGCCCGCAAGAAGAUCAAGUCCUUGGACAUUAGCACUGGCGAGGUUGUCGCGCCCAAGCAGGUCAACGGCAUGAAGCUUGAGAUGUUUGUCUUUGAUGUCUUCCCCUUCACCCAGCGCAUGGCCGUCUUUGAGGUCGACCGUCGGGAAGAAUUCUCACCCCUCAAGAAUGCCCCCGGUACCGGAGAGGAUUGCCCCGAGACCUCCAGAAGGGACAUUUUACAGCAGCACGUCCGGUUCAUUCAGAACGCUGGCGGCAAGGUCGUUGUUGGCGAAGAUGAUAAGCAGCUCGAGGGCGCCCCUACUCUGGAGAUUUCCCCCUUGGUCACCUACUCUGGCGAGGGCUUGAGCAACCUUGUCAGCGGCAAGUCUAUCAAGACUCCUCUCUUGAUCAGCUCCUUGGAGGACCUCGAGAAGGCCCUCUUCUAA